CUGGCUGCUGCUGCCAGUAAUAACCUCUCUCUCUCUCUCUCUCUCUCUCUCUCUCUCUCUCUCACACACACACACACACACACAUACACACACAUACAUCAGCUGAGUUUUUCUCUGAUUUAUUUAUGUUAUUGACUUGAUUCCGCGCGUGCUGGAGAUGUUUAGGAGCUGCGUGUGUAUCCUGUGCGCGCGUGCUGAGACCCAUGAUGGAUGAAGGAGUGUAUUAUUGUGUUGGUCAGAAGAGAUCUUAGCAGGAACUUCAGAGGAACAAUACAGAGAGAUGGCGAGCGAUCGUAUGGCCAUCCUGGAUGAUGACGAGGAAGAACAGAAGCGGAGAUACGUCCUGGCUGAGCCGUUUAAUACCCUGUCAUUGGGGACAGCAAACAGCUCUCCACCCAGUCAAACAUCAUCGUCUGCUUCUGUCGACUCCCCGCCCCCGCCGACCUCUUCCAGUACGGACUGCCUGGAGCGGAUCUGCCUGAGAAUAGACGAGCGCCUCCUGAUCUCCAAGAUCUUCUACUUCUUCUUCUAUGCUGCAUACGGUUCCCUGCACCCCCUCCUGGCUGUCUAUUACAAGCAGCUGGGCAUGACGCCAAGCCAGAGCGGCCUCCUGGUGGGGAUCCGCUACUUCAUCGAGUUCUGCAGCGCACCGUUUUGGGGUAUAGUAGCUGACCGCUUCAACAAAGGCAAGGCCGUCCUGCUGUUCUCCGUUUUCUGCUGGGUUGUGUUCAACUGCAGCAUCGUCUUCGUCCAGCCAGCACGCAUGACUUGCAUAGAGAAAGGAUCAGAAAACGUAACAACUCCGAGUUCCUCCGGAAACCAGACCAGACACCGUCGAUACCUCAUAGGGGAUGUGUUGGGCAUGCCGUCGACGUUUCAGACUUUAUCUGGGGAUUAUAGCCCUCUCAAUCGAUUUGUAAGGAGCGAUAACACAAGCUCUUCGCUCUCCACUACAGCGUCACCUAAACAGUACACUAUCAUUUACGACAAAAGCCAAGUGGAGACCAUCUUCCUCGUGAUCCUGCUGGUGAUCAUCAUCGGGGAGUUCUUCAGCGCGCCGGCAGUGACCAUCGUCGACACCGUGACCCUGCAGUACCUGGGAAGGCAGCGCGACCGAUACGGCCUCCAAAGGAUGUGGGGUUCUCUAGGUUGGGGUAUAGCCAUGUUAUCUGUAGGCAUCUGGAUUGACCACACACAUCUCACCCUGAUCAUCCAAGGGGCCGGCUGCAUCCUGCCGGAGUACAAGAACUACCAGAUCGCCUUCAUCGUCUUCGGCGUGCUCAUGACUUUAGCCCUUAUCGUCGCAACGCAGUUCCGCUUCGAUUCCAGGUUUGGAGCAGAUCCGUCCGAACAGGACGUGAAGCAACAGGUGGAGAUCCCUCACGUGGUCCAGAACACGUCCGAGUCCAGUAUGGAGGAAGUCCCAGUGUGUCCCAGGUCUAACAACAACCCCCGGUUUCCGUUCAAGGACUUGAUCCGUCUGCUGUGCGGGAUCCGUUAUGGCUCCGUGCUCUUCGUGGCCUGGUUCAUGGGCUUUGGUUAUGGCUUCGUGUUCACGUUCCUGUACUGGCACCUGGAGGACCUGAAAGGGACCACCACGCUGUUCGGGGUGUGCUCCGUGCUCAGCCACGCUUCCGAACUCGCCGCCUACUUCAUCAGCCACAAACUCAUCGGACUCGUUGGCCACAUAAGAGUACUGUAUAUCGGGUUGGCCUGUAACACUGCACGCUACCUGUACAUCUCCUACCUGGAGAACGCCUGGGUAGUUCUGCCCAUGGAGGUCCUUCAAGGUCUGACCCAUGCGUCCGUCUGGGCGGCGUGUAUCUCGUACCUGAGCGCGGCGGUUCCUCCGGCUCUGAGGACGUCUGCGCAGGGGAUCCUGCAAGGCCUCCACCUGGGGCUGGGGCGGGGCUGUGGCGCCAUGAUCGGAGGAGUGUUUGUCAACUACUUUGGUGCGGCUGAAACCUUCAGAGGUUUAGGAAUGGCGUCCCUCGUCAUCCUGCUCAUCUUCGCCCUCAUCCAGAGCCUGAUCGGGCCGAGCCACGACAGGCGAGACCAGAUGCUGGCUGAGAACAUUCUGGUACCUUCCAGUCCUGUUCCCAUCGCCACCAUCGACUUGGUGCAGAACCAGAGGCAACUGGAGACGAGGGUCGAGACCAACACCAACUGCGCCACAGCUCCUGCUGUCAAGAAGACCAAGUUCCAGGACGAGCAGGAGGAUGUGAGCAAGCCGGCGUGGGUGGUGUCCACUUCCCCCUGGGUCACCAUGUCCUACGCCGUUUACCAAAUCAAAGACAUGAUGUCCACCCUCAGGAGCAAUCGUCCAGCUGAGGAGCCCCGCCUACAGGGGGAGAGCAUUGAGCAGGUGUCUGCAGCGCCAUCUGCUGGAGAAACUCCUCCAGGUCCUUUCACCAGUGCUCCAGAGCCGAUCUCUUCAAAUGAUCCUCCUGAUCGUCCCGUCUCUGAAUGUCCCGUCUCUGAAUGUCCCGUCUCUGAAUGUCCCGUCUCUGAAUGUCCCGUCUCUGAAUGUCCCGUCUCUGAUCGUCCCGUCUCUGAUCGUCCCGUCUCUGAUCGUCCUGUCUCUGAUCGUCCCGUCUCUGAUCGUUCCGCCUCUGAACGUCCCGUCUCAGAUAGUCCCGUCUCCCAUCACACAGACUCGGGAGGAUCAUCAGAAGAUCCACAGAAGAUUUCAGACAAAGAUCCGGAGCCUGCACCCACACCAGACUGAUCUCGAACCUCUGAUCCAUGACGUCUGCAGUUCAACAACACAAAAACUGCUUUAGAAACUACUUUAAAAUGUAAACUCCGAGUACUGUACGAAGGUCUGAACUGAACGCUGAUGUUUGGUCAUACAGUAAAUGCGAUUUGCACUGCCAGGUCAGGGUUUAUAUGUUACAACGCACAGAAAACGUUAAACCCUGUUGUAUUUAUCAUCUCGCUCCACAACGUUCUCCAGAAAUCACGCACACUGGCUAUACGACGCUGCUUUCACACUUGACGUUAACCGACACUCGCAGAGAGACAGGCGUUCGUUCAGUCGGUAUAUAAAUACUCGACAGAGCACCGAAACACUGAAAAUAGGAGGAACGACAAAUCGACGUUUCUUCAGUUCUCCAACUCACAAGUUGAACCUGAGAUCACUUCCUGUUUACCGUCCGACGCUCAGAAACGGAAAAAUAACCCGUAACCGUGGUUUCUUCUUAUCCUGUCAUGUACGACUUCUCGUUAAAUGUGUUCAGUUGGCUUGCUUUGCCGAUCUAAUCGGAGAACGAUGUUAGUAUGAAACCUGGCGCGCAAUAACAGAUUUUCCCACUGAUUGAUUAGUGCGUUAUUUCGUUUCACUAGUUAGCAUUCCAAGGUUAUGUAUAGCUAUUCCUGUUUCUUGUAACUUUUUAAAUACUGCUGGACAGGCCACACCCAGUCACGCUGCACACCGCAGGAGACAAACUACAAGCGACACUUCCCUGCUGAAAAAACAAACAAACAGUGGAAACCCUCAUAGAAUUUGUAAUGGUUUUAAUGGUUAUAAUGAGAAUUGUAUUGGUUUUAAUGGAAACUCUAAUGGCCCCUGAGGGCCUCUAUUGGUCAUUUGUGGCCUUCUAUUGGUGGCAUGUUGUAUCUAGUGGAUACCAUUAAGGACCGGUAAUGGUUUUAAUAGUUAGCUCAUAGUUUGUAAUGGCAUUUGUAGUGGAAACCAUUAGAAUUUCUGUGAUGGCUUCUAUUGGGGGUGUUUUUUUCAGCAGGGUUGCUAGUCAGGUCAAAAAAUCAAACCUAAACAAACAUGGAGGACAAAGUGCCGGUUAAAAUACGAGUCUUCGUGAGGUGAAGGGAAAAUGUUUAAUCAUCAGUGUUCCAAUUAAAAAUAAUAAAGACCUCAAAUUGUCUUGA